AUGUCAGCGUUGAAAGUGUUUCCAAGUGUUGAUGAGUUGCAGACAAAAAGAUUGGAAAAUAUAAGAUGUACUGUAAUUGGUUGCAAUAAGUUAUUCAAGCACUCAUUGGCCCUUCGUUUUCACAUAGUGAAAGUUCACAAUAUCAUCAAGCUAACAGAAUCAGAUAAAAGAAUAGCUAACAAAGAAAAACUUAUUCGCAAUGAAGUGUUCUAUUGUCCUGUGAAAACAUGUUCCUAUCAUUUUACAGAUGAAAAAUCCAAAUUUUUUUCAACUUUCAAACUCCUCAAACAGCAUCAUAAUCAAGUGCAUUUGCCAAGAAAACAUGCAUGUCAGACCUGUUCAUCGACUUUUAGUAGAUAUUCAGAUUUGAAAAGACAUGAAAACAAAUGUUCAUCAUUGACUUGCAUGGAUUGUAAAGUUAGAAUGGGAAGCCGUAGUGAGCUUAUCCAACAUGGGAACUUGACCAAACAUAACAUUCCUCAAGUUCAUUCCCAUAAAAUAUCAAAUCAAACUAGUGCACCUAUCAACCUAUGUAAAUAUCCAAAUACCAAGAACAAAAGCAAUGUGGCUUUUCUAACUGAUAACUGCUAUUCUUACAAAACUAUAAAGCCUAAGCAUACAGAGGCCAGUCAGAUUGUUGGUCUGUAUCUCAGCUCAAUAGCUUCAUCUACUUCAUUGAAUAAGCCUCAAAACCUUAUGAAUGCUUUUUAUAACAACUCAACAGCUGCACAUAUGACUACCACUCCCUCAACCGACAUUUCUAUUGAUGAUAAAAAUGCACGUGAUGCAGCUAAUGGCUUACUUUUCAAAUCUAGCAAUCUGAAAGCAGCUGAAACUCAGACAGUGCAUUUUUUGAUUAAAGAAAACAACAAGCCAACAAGAUCACAGGGAUCACAGGUUUUCAAUCAUCAAGAUAAUUUUUCAUUACUUUGCUUUACAUUGUUAUAUUUUGUUGUCAUACAGGCUUUCUUAGAAUAUAAAAGAUCAUGUUGCACAAAGGAGAACAAUGAAACACAAACCAACUUAUCUAGCAAUUUCAAUGUAGCUUCGCUGGCCAAACAUCAUUCUAUCAACAGAUCUCUCUCAGAAAAUCAAAUAAACAAGAGAAAUGUUUUCAACAACUUCACCAAUUCAGAAACUCAGACAACUUCAGAAGAUGUGGCAGAACAUACCAGCACUCAGACAAUUGAAAGUUUUUUGAACGAUUGGUCUAAAAAUUUAUGCGUUGGUGAAAUUAAUUCAUACACAGCAGGUAAAAAAACCGCAUUUAUGAAUCUUAUGAUGAAUGAAGGUCAGUGCAAUUCAAACUAUAUCAACAGAACCAUGUCCAAUACUUAUGACAUUGAAAAUGCUGACUGCAUAUAUUACAAUCAGCCUGAUUACAGCACUGACAGCUUAUCAAUUGAUCUCUCCAAGAAUAACUUCCCAGUAACUAACGAUGAGAUGACAUCUAAAAUGAAAGAUAACUGUUCAACAUCUACUCAAACAUAUUAUUCCUCAAUGGAUGAGGGAAUAUUUAAUGACAUUUCAUUCAUUAACAUUGAAACUCAGACCAAUGAUGACUUUUUGAGUUUAGCAUCUGAUGAGUUUGCCGUAGAUUUGGAAUUGGAAUGCAUGGACAUUGAGACACAGACUCACUCUCUAAUUGAUGACUUUAUUUUUUCUGAAGCUGAAACCCAAACUUCAAAACAGGAUCAAUUGAACAUAUUGUUUUCAAAUAUUGAGACACAAACUCACCAUUAA